AUGAAUCCUCGAGAAAGGAUCAAUCCGUGUCCUCUCGCGGUAGGUUUUCAUUGUUGGGAAGAUCAGUCAACACCUAUGCUUGACUUUACAUGCUUUUAUUCUGUUCCUUGGAAUCGUCCUCCAAUUCCAAACUCAAAAUUAUGGUCGGAUGACUUUGUUACUUCAAUUUUAUUUGCAGGAACAAAGACAGGAACGAUAGUUGCUUAUAAAAUUCUUUCUAAUAACGGAGAAAUCAUUGAUGCUUUUCCAAUUUGUUUUUUAUUUGGUCACAAAUCACCAAUAACAUGCAUCACACGCUGUUCACCUUUCAUAUAUACAGAUUGUGUUGCAUAUUUAUCAAAAGAUGGCACUCUUUCCAUAAUUUCAGUCGAAGAUUUGACAAUUGUUGUAAAUAGACCAUCGCUUUUCUCAGAAAACUCAAACUAUUUAGCUAACCAUGAAUACAAACAAGAAAUUAUGAUCGCAUCUCAAAUCUACGGAACAAUUGAAAUUGCCAACGUAAUUGAUGGCUCAAUUAUCAUGACAAUCAGCGGAUUCCAAUCGAUUAUAUCCUCAAUAACACAUCACGGCUCAAUGCACGCGAUUUCUACCUAUGAUGGAACAGUAGAUGUUCUAAGUAUCUCAGAGAACGAUGCAGGCUUCAAUUUUUCGACACAUUACGAAUCAGAAUCGUCAUUCAUUACUCAAAGUCCAUCUCCUGACCUCACUUUUCUUCUUACUCUUACAGAUAAUUUUUGGGAAAUUAUUGAGUCCGGAAGACAGCCAUUUCGGUCUCCACCACCACAGAAAGGCAACUCCUACUCACAGUGCGGCUGGAUAAGCACCACGAAGUUCUUUAUUCGCAGUUUUACAGGAAAAGUCCAAAUUUUCGAAAUUUUUCCUUCAAAAGAGACUUCUUAUGUCUUUGAUUGCCUGCAAUGCCGUAAGGAAUAUCUAUUCAUCAAGCACUCCAACCAAACAACGAGAAUUGAGCCAUUUGUCAUCAAAUCAUCAGUUAAUUCCGAAAAUUUACCAAAAAUUGAGCCGAAACUCAUUUUAGAUCUGAGUUUUUCACUGAAACACUACUCAGAACCAAUCUCCGCUUCAUGCGAAGGCUUCGUUAUCUAUUCCCCUGGAAAAAGUAUCAUACAAAUCUAUUCCAACACUAAUUCUUUCAUUUGUGAUUUGUCAAAUUACUUUUCCGGGCGUUACAGAGCGAGAUGUGGCAUAAUGAGACCAAUUUCUCAUGAAGCAAGAAUAGAUUCCGAUGGAAACGUGUUUCUUGACAAUUUUGACACGCCGAUAGGAAUUCACAAAGGCUCCUUUUUACUUUAUUCACCUCCUUUACCCACGCAAACAUUUCUUUCAUUUUCCAAUGACGGGAGUAUCUGCAUUUGGGGCAAAACUCCUCAAAAAGUCAACGGAAUGACAGAAGCCGUGAAAAAAGUGAAUUACGUUGUAGAAAGGAGAUGGAUAAUUUGUAUUGCCACUUUUUCUUUUAUCGUCAUUGAUUGUUUUGAUUGGUUCAGUGUUUGUUUAUGCGAUGGCCAUGAAUCUCCUAUCGUUGAUGUUACUUUUGUUGAUGGAGUCUUUCAUGCGAGAACGGAAUCAUCAGAUUUAUAUGUUUGGUCAUGCGAUUCCGAAUUGAUUGGCAAAGACAGAGUUUUACUUGGCCACGAAACAAGUAGAACAUAUUUACCAAAUUCUGUUUCUUUGUCAAAAUCAAUUUCUUCUCAAAUUAUGGCUUUGGAAUCAGCACAUUCUUUUUCUGAUGUCGUUAGUAUUAAUAUGCCUAAUUGUCAGACAUUUGUUGUUGUUUUGAAUAUCAGUGAUUUCGUAACUGCUUUUGAAAAAUUUGAUAAUUUGGAUGUUUUGAAUGAUCCAACUUUUCUUCCUUUGAAAUUGUUGUGGACGAAACAUGUUGAAGAAGAUCUUUUCGGGAAAAUCCCGAUUUUGGGAGGUUUCGGUUUCUGCCAAGGAGGAGAUAAUAACACUGUAACUCUUCCUAUAAGUUUUUCUAGUCAUAAAAGAACAAAAAUACAAGCAGAAAAAACAAAAACAAAUUCUUCUUCAACAAUACAAAAUCCAAAAUUACAAAGAAUACAAACUUUAAGGAAUAUGUCCGCAAUUAAGAAUUCUUCUGAUAAAUUCGAACUCCAUAAGAGUAUUAACUUCAAUACUUCUUCUUUGUUGUCUGCUAUUCAUUGCGUCGCAGCUUCUGCAACUGCUCAAUGUUUCGUCUCUUCAAAACAAGGUGAAUUGUCACUUUUAUCGGCAAAAUGUCAAAUUAAAACUGCCAUGACGAUAAAAGAAAGUGUUCCUCCAAUGAUGGAUGCAUUAGCAACGUGGUUACUUUCUCCUUCUCCUGAUUUGAGGUUUAUUAUUUAUAAUGUUUUGUUGGAUUAUUUCGCAACUUUUUCUAUGGAAGAAGUUAUAGAAACUGUUGAUUAUAUUAUGAAGAAAUUCCCGAAUUGGAAUAUCAGAAUGCCUUUUAUAUUCGUGAUGUGUAAAUACAUCAAGGAAAUUCCUCAAAAAGUUAUAAAAGAAGCAGCAGAAAAUAUCUUUCCUAUUGUUACGAAAAGAGUUGAUUAUUUGAAGAAUUUGGCAAAUUGUUUUAAUCAUUUCAUUUCUUAUUUGAAGUUGGAAGAUUUCUUUAAGACAUUGAUUAGUAAUUUAGGAGAUUCAACGGAAAUUAUUUCAUUUGCUUUGAAUUCUCCGUUGGAAUUUAUUAAUGCUGUUAAACAAAAGAAUUCGGAACACUUAGUUGAAAUGUUCUUGGAAAGAUGGUUGAAACCAGAUCCAAAGAUUAUUUUGCAGUUAGUUACGAGAUUUUCUUCUGGAGAAACUAAUAAUUGUCACCAGAAAUUGUUUGAAAGAUUGUCGUUCAUUGUUCCUUUCGUAGGAAUUUGCAAAGAUUAUUCUGUAAUUGGAGAUAAUAAUGGAUUUGUUACUGCUGUUGAAAGAGGGUCAGGAAAUGUUUUGUUUUCUGAACAAAUAUUCCAAAAUGAUUCUGUAAAGUUUGUUAGCGCUUCUUCUAAUGGAGUAAGAUUUGUUUCUAUCGCAAACAAUCCACCAACGAUUGCAUGGUUUAUUAACAAUAAAAACAAAUCUCAAAAUCACAUUUGUUUGCAGAAAACAGAGGAUAUUCCAGGAAAUGUAAGUCAAAGUGUUGCAAGCUGUGUUUGGAAUGGAGAUACAAAAGUUGUUUUCUUUGCUGCUGAUGGUUCAAAGUUAUAUGAAGCAAAAGCUCCAAAUCUUUCUUUCUUCCAAAGAAUCUUUUAA